UGUCUUUUUUACAUAUUAGGGUAGUGAGGCUAAUGAGGAUUUGCAAAAUGUUGGUGAUCCUGUCACAGAUUUGAAAAAUGACGAUGAUGUGUCGCCCAUUGAAGUUGGUGCUGUUGAUAAGAAUAUUGAGAAAAGGAUUGAGGAGGGGAAGAAAAAUGAUGAUACUAACAACGAAGGUGUUGAGGACGAGGAGAAGAAUGAUGAUGAAGCUGAUGGUGAGGAAUCUGAUGAGGAUGAUUCUGCUGGUGACGAUGAUGGUGGUGACGGUGAUGCGGGUGGCGGUGCUGCUGUUGGCGGUGCUUCUGGUGGCAGUGUUGCAGGUGGUAGUGUUGCUGGUGCAGGUGGCGGUGGCGGUGCUGCUGGUGACGAUGACUGCUGAUAAAAAUGAAGGUGUUAAUGAGAUUAUGGAUGUUAAGAAGGUUGUUUUGUUGGCUGAUGAAACCCCUGCAAAUGUUAAAAGAAGCGUGAAGCCAAGUCAUAUUAUGCAAUCUCCAUUUUUAACUGAGUUCACUUCCGGUGACUUUCAAGUAGAAGAAGUUGGAAGUACUUAUGUUGUUUCUAGAAUGUUUCCGUUCAAUAACCACAUCGGAGAUGUUUUUAUGAGUGAGGAACUGAUUGUGUAUGAUAAUUGGGUCAAAUAUGGACUUUUGAGAUUUGCUAAACUGAAAGAAGGAAGAUUUUACAGGGAAUCUACUAAUGAGAUCAUUCCUCCAUUUGAUUUUGGCGUCUCAGUAGUUUCUAAGAAGGAUUUUUUUCAUGUGCUUGAUGUUGGGGGGAUGUCGUUGACAUCGUUGCAUAUGGACAUUUUGUUCUACUAUCUGAGGAAAAAAGGGAAGUAUGAUAGCAGUGUUACAUUGAAGUUUACUACAACCGACAACCAUUUUGAUCAGUGUUUUCAGUCAUUUGCAAAUACGUUUGAAGGCUCCAACUAUGAUGAAGACUUGAUUUAUCCUGAUCAUAUCGUUUCUCAGUAUAUUAAUGGUCAUCAUAUGCUUGCGAAUACACCAUGGAAUCAGUGCGACUUUGUUUUCAUCCCCUUUCGUGUGUCGGCUAAUAAUCAUUGGGCUCUUCUUGUAUUGGACAUGAAGUUAAGGAGGCUGACUAUGUACAACUCUCUACGGACAAUUCUGAGUGCAUCUUCGUGUCGGAAUGUUGCAUAUAUUUAUUCAGUUGUUCUGCCGUAUUGCCUCGACAAGCUUAAUGUUUUCAAAACCAAUCCUGCUUGUGACUUGUGUUCACCUUUUUUUACCACUCAAGGCAUGAAUGAUCCUUUUGAUCUGGUUAUAGAAGAGAAGCUUCCAUACCAAAAAUUCAAGUCAGUUUGAUUUGUUAAUUUUAUUAUGUUUUUAAUUCUUUUUUUAGUAGCUGUUUGUUUUUCUGGAUACAUAAUUUAUACAUAGUUGACUGUUUUCUUUA